AACAGGGAGGUCAAGAAAGCGUAUCACAAGAUGGCGUUGAAAUGGCAUCCAGAUCGCCAUCCUUCCAACAAGGAACUCGCAGACAAGAAAUUCAAAGAAAUCCAAGAAGCCUAUGAUGUUCUCAGUGAUCCGGCAAAACGAGAUGCGUACGAUGCUUAUGGGGAAGGAGGAGUGAAG